AAUUGAAAGAAGAUGUUAAAUAGCUUCACCAUAAUAUUAACAGUAGUCUGUUUUUAAGUAAAGUCAUUCUUUACACACGUUCAAAAAAAUACACCAAUGAAAGCUACUAUUAUUACUAUGGUUGGUUGAUGCUUGUAUCCCAUAACAAUUUUCAGAAACAUAUGUGACGACGAGAACCUAUUGGUGACCCUAAUGUAUGAAGCAUGUAAUUGUGUCAAACAGUAACUAACUCACCGUCAAAUCUAACCACUGACUACAACUUCUAAGAACAUAUAUUUACUAGCAAGACGGAGUUCUGAGUGUCCCGGUGGAGGCCGUGACGCCACAGCUUGGCACAUCCUGUGACUCAAGUUCCAACAGUCCAUACGUGAAGAGCGGAGACGGCCGGACACUUGGAGCCUAGUGGCAGCGGGCGAGGCUACCAAGGGACCUCUCUUCCCGUACUGCUCUUGAAGAGGCAGACGAAUAAAACUUCAGCACAGAAGUACCACUUCUUCCAUCAUGAUGGGUGGUUGCAAGAUGUGGGGGCGUGUGGGCGGUGUGGUGGUGAUGUGGGCGGUGAUGGGUGCCGUGGUGGGGGCAGUAGAGGUGGUGUGUGGGCGAGAGUGUACCUGCUGGGAGGAGAUCACCAACAUUGUCACAGAGUACCGGGUCAUCUGCAACAACACCUCCCACCAGGUGACGCUGACGGAGGAGGUCUUCGCCCACAGAACAAUGUUGGAGACAAGAAAUUACGUGCGGGUGGAGGCGCCGUCCGAGUCGACGGCCAUCAUUGUGACGGAGGAGUUCGUGAGGACCUGGAGAGACCAAGUGUUCAGCUCUCUGGACGUGUGGGGAGGGCGACUUCUCCUGCCACAAGUGGAGUCCCUCAGCCAGGCUGACACCCUUUUUUCCUCUGUCUCAGGUGGCGUGGGACUCAUUAACGUGACCAUGGACGUGUUGCCGGGUGGCCUCUUCGGUGGUAAGAAAGAGGCCAAGCUGCGGCUGUCGAGGUGUUGGGUGGGCCGCAUCGCCGCAGGUCUCCUGCGGGAGGUGAAGAAGCUUCAGUACCUGCAGAUCGAGGACUCUACUGUGGGAGUGUUUGAAGGACCCUUGGGCGACGACCAGCUCUCCAUUAGCUCUAAAAAAGAUCCCAAUUACAGCACGAGCCCAAUUUUCGUGCACAACUCUAAGUUUGGGGUCUUGGAGACGGGGGCGCUCAAGAUUCGUAUCAACAACGAAAACACGAUGUUGACGGAGGUAAAAGUCGGGGAGAUGAAGGAGGGCGCCGUGGAGGUGUCGGGACCCGGUAAGGUUGUGCUGAGUCGGUGUAGUGUGGCGGACCUCCAGCUGGACGCCAUCAAGCUUCAUGGCGCCGCUUCCGUCUCUAUCACCAACAGCUCGCUCAUCGUGCAGCGCGGGGCGCUCUCACAGUUUCCCUGCAAUUUCUACCAACACAUCAACUACAACAACAUCGUGGUGCUGCCGGCGCUGGCCGCAGGUGGCGCAGACAACCUUACCAACGUCUCCGUCACCCCUACUGACCCUGUCCUCCUCUCGCAGUCGCGACAUUCUGUGGAAGAGUUGAUGAAGGAGGAGCUGGGACAGGCACUCCACCCCACGUGUGUCGAGGGCAACCUGCCGGCGUGGCUGUCAUCCCUCGCUGAGCUCCCCUUGCCACAGCCGCGGCGCGAGAAGCACGCGCUGCUUCACACGGGUCUCUACAUCUUCGUGGGGGUGAGCCUGGCAGCCAUGAUCAUCGUGGUGAUUCUAACCUGCCUGCUGGUGAAGGUCCGCCGCCGGCGUGCACCCACCUGCAGCACCAACCAGGUGGUGGUGAUGAGCCACCUGUCUGCUGAAGACCCCAUCUACGAUGAGCCGGGUCACCUGACUCUGCUGCCCCCGCCCGUCCCGCCGCCCUCCGCCCUGCUGGACGACGUCUGUAGUGGCAAGCAAGACGACUCCUGCGCCGCCGCCGCCACCAUGAACGACAACUGCGCUUCUCGCCCUGGCCAACCACCUCAUGUUAAGGCCGUCGAGAACCAGUAUAUGUCCAUGUGUUAGAUGGUCGCGAGCUGAGGGCCAUGUGUUAAGUGCCUCUGUGUUGGGUGGCCAUGUGUUAAGUGCCUCUGUGUUGGGUGGCCAUGUGUUAAGUGCCUCUGUGUUGGGUGGCCAUGUGUUAAGUGCCUCUGUGUUGGGUGGCCAUGUGUUAAGUGCCUGUGUUGGGUGGCCAUGUGUUAAGUGCCUCUGUUGGGUGGCCAUGUGUUUAGUGCCUCUGUGUUGGGUGGCCAUGUGUUAAGUGCCUCUGUGUUGGGUGGCCAUGUGUUAAGUGCCUCUGUGUUGGGUGACCAUGUGUUAAGUGCCUCUGUGUUGGGUGGCCAUGUGUUAAGUGCCUGUGUUGGGUGGCCAUGUGUUAAGUGCCUCUGUGUUGGGUGGCCAUGUGUUAAGUGCCUCUGUGUUGGGUGGCCAUGUGUUAAGUGCCUGUGUUGGGUGGCCAUGUGUUAAGUGCCUGUGUUGGGUGACCAUGUGUUAAGUGCCUCUGUGUUGGGUGGCCAUGUGUUAAGUGCCUGUGUUGGGUGGCCAUGUGUUAAGUGCCUGUGUUGGGUGGCCAUGUGUUAAGUGCCUGUGUUGGGUGGCCAUGUGUUAAGUGCCUGUGUAAUGGGCCUUAGAACCUCUUCUUCUAUCAUCCAACCCCAAGUCAAUGGCAAGUUAUCAAAAAUUAGCAGUAGCAAGUAAUUGUGAAAUAAAAGGUGGGGGGGUUAACAAGACUUAACACCUUCCCCGAUGUAAUCUGUCAUAUAACUACAUAUAUGUACCGUGUCUCUUUCGCAGAGGACAGUUAAUAUAUAUGCAGUAUUCUUCAAAUCCCGGUGAGUCCACUAUCUUCAAGUAUACGGCAUUCAUUUCCAGUGGUUAAAACACUGGAGAGUUCACCUUACGCAUCAUGGACCAGUCCACACCGUAUCGUCACGAUGUCCAUAUACCCCACGUCUGCUCCAGAAACACACUGGCAGAGGUCUUCAGCAACACACUGACAGGGACUACCAAUAAUACAUCCAAGGGUCUCCACUAACACCCUGGUAGAAGUCUUACUACACACUACCAGCACUUCUCAGCAGAUGGCCAGUACUGUCGUCUUAUAACCUCUUGGCCAAAUCCCUGGUACGUCGGUCCACACAAUCACUGCACAAAUGCAACAGCCAACAAAUGUUUAAAUGUUUAUUCAGGUAACACAUUGUCUACAGCCGACGGCGGCCACUUGUCCUAACAGGGACAAGUCAGGAGUUCAGGACUUCCAAGGUGAACUAACUUCCACAGCGCAAUAGACUUUCCACGUCACCAGGACUUUCCAGUACACAUGGAGAACAUAAGAUGGCAGCCUUUCACCGGGAAACUGAAAAUAUAAUCGGAUGCACAAUCUAGAUGGCGUUGAUACCGUUACUUCACUCACCAGAGGUCUUCAUCAUCGACGUCACCUCCUGACUGAGGUACGAACUUUCUUUAAAAGAGGUACUGCGCCUUUCACAGAUGGCGCUGAACUUGCCACACCUCCAGCAACAGAUGGUGGUAUCCUCGUUACACCUAAUGACUUGGAGUUGAAGUGCAGGUCCAUAGAUGGCGUCCAUGUCAUCACACAUCACUCCAUAGAAAGCGUUGAUAUCGUCACACCCAACCACCAAAAGAAUUUGAUUUGGUUUCUAACAAGAAAUAAAACAAAUUAGUAUUUUAGACGCGAGACAAGGCAUCUGUUACCACGUUGGGUACCCCAUACCCCUGCGAUAAAACGCAGGACCUCCUUACGUGUGAAAAGGGUCGGGUACAGAACGACGGUUUCUACUUUGCUGUUCUUCGGGGCAGUCCAUCCUCCUCCAACCACAUGUCCUAAAAUGAUAACAGAGGUCAUGCAGAUU